AUGGUUAGGAGUGAAAUUGAAUUUCUUAUCGAUCCUGAUUUUGAUGAGAGUCUAAUUCAGGUCAUGAAAGGUGUUGAGCUUGAAUAUACAAAAAAUUUGGCUUUACUUUUUAACAUGGACCUUUCAAGCAAUAAACUUGUUGGAGAAAUACCAGACAAGCUAACUGCGCUUUGCAUGUUGGUGGGCCUCAAUUUGUCAAAUAAACAUCUCAGUGGGGGAAUUCCAGGCAGCAUUGGAAACUUGAUGGCGUUAAAUUCUCUCGAUUUAUCUAGAAAUGAGUUGAUAGGGAGGAUCCCUCCGAGCAUGGCAGCUUUGACCUUUUUGAGCCAUUUGAAUUUGUCACAAAACAACUUGUCCGGGCGAAUUCCAACAGGUAAUCAACUGCAAACCCUUAUUGAUCCAUCAAUAUAUAUGGGGAACAAUGAUCUAUGUGGACCUCCAUUGCCAAAGGGUUGCUCAAAUCCUGAAGAUCCAACAACAACAACAACAACAAGCAAGAAGAAAUACGAAGCAGCUGAUGAAGAUAUGGUUUUACGUGAACAUAAUGAGUGGCUUUGGAACAGGGUUUUGGGGUGUUAUUGGAGUAUUGUUGUUCAAGAAGCAUUGGAGACAGAAGCUUUUCAUGUUUGUUGA